GAUAGAAAGCAAAUAUAGGGGCGCUGUAGUCAAUUUUACUAAUGGGGCCAUUGUGUAUGUUGAUAACAGUAUAAUAAUCAAUUUCACAUUACAAUUAUUAUUUAUUAAUUUAAUUUGUUUUAUAUGAACAAUUUCAUUUAUUUUAUUAUUUCGAUUUCAAUACGGUCAAUACCUAAGAAUAAUGUUUACUUCGGUUAUUGAGCUAACGGACAUUUUAAGUUUUAUUGGUGACUUUAAGCGACCAUCGAUUGAGGGUACUCAAGUAAUGAAAUGUAACCACAUUGUUGAGUUUGGAUGUGUAGAAAAUAAUAACAAAACAUUAAAAAUCGUUGCUAUGUGUCUUAAAACUAGUGAUCUUAGUGGAAAACCUCAUGAGUUAGAAGUCAUUAAAACUACUAAUAAUGGGAGUGUACAAUUAUCAGCAAAAUGUUCUUGCAAAGCAGGUAGUGGGAAAUACAAACACAUAGUUGGCCUGAUGCUCAAACUUCAAAAAACAUCAAUAGAAGAACUUGAUGAGCGAAGUUGUACAGAUCUUCCUCAACAAUGGGGAAAACUCGGUCAAGCCGCUAGUAAAUAUUUACAUAAACCAGUUCCUGUUCUAGAGUUUUGUCAUGUAUUUCCAACAACAUCAGUAUAUGACAAAUCAUUGCCUAAUGACAUAUCAGAGGAUUUGAAGCAGGAAAUUCGUUCAUACUUUUUACAAAGUUAUUAAUUUUUAAUAUCGUUUUAGUAUCGGCCCAUCCAUAAUUUUUAAUUUAUUUCAGGCAGCACUGAAACUACCAUCAAAACUAUCUUGCUAGUACACAAUAGAUUAUUAUUAUUAUGUUGAACAUAAUCCAAUUAAGGGGGUCGCCGCUGGUUUUUCAAAUUUUCUGAAAUUGUAUAAAAUUCGAAAAUUAUAUUUUAAAUACUACCUUAAUUAUAAUACUUUUCCACUAAUCUACAGCUGAAAAUCAGGUUUUAAACUGACCUAGAAAUUUUUCUCUUCUUUUAAAUAAAAAAAAUUAAGAAAAACUGACCAUUGUACAGCCUGUGAGACAUGUUUUUGUACUAAAAACCCCACAAGCUCCGAAGCCCUUAAAGCUCUAUUAUUAUAAUUUUUUUCUUGCCCCUUGUAGUGUUUCUAAGUUAUGUUUGGUUUAAAUAACUCAAAAAAUACAUAAAUUUAAUUUAGUUAAUAAUAAUAAUAUACAAAAUAUUUUUCUUGUAUGUUUACGAAUUCCCGAAUUCAGCAUUUGCUUUGAAUCAUGCUGG